GUAGAGUGAGAUAGCGAUAAUCGUGCCAUACACCUGAUAAUACAAAUGCGAUGCUGUUUUGUCAAAAAUACGCAAACUUAGCCUCACAUCAACUAGCGGUGAGAGGUUCUGAAAGCUAAACAGAUAAGGUUUUGUUUCAAAAUCUCCAAUAUACAAUUGGUCAAUUGCAUUUUAUAUUUUCCAACUACGAUAAACAUUUUAACAUUGAACACACUUACGAACAAAUAGACCAAAUCAUGGCUGAUAGUGCUGGCGAAUGGUGUCUCAUCGAAAGCGAUCCGGGAGUGUUUACGGAAAUGAUCCGUGAAUUCGGGGUUGAAGGUGUUCAGGUUGAGGAAUUAUGGAGUUUGGAUGAGGAGCACUUCAAACAGUUAGCGCCUAUCCACGGUUUGGUGUUCCUGUUCAAGUGGGAAAAAGAUGACGAACCGGUGGGAUCAGUUGUCCAAGACGAUAGAUUGGAUAAGAUUUUCUUUGCCAAGCAAGUGAUCACUAAUGCUUGUGCAACGCAGGCUAUACUAAGUAUUCUGCUUAACACCACGCAUCCGGACAUUAAACUUGGGACCACACUGUCCGAUUUCAAGGAAUUUUGUCAAUCAUUCGACGCAUACAAUAAAGGCCUUGCGCUGUCAAAUGCCUCGCAAAUCAGGACGGUGCACAAUUCCUUCGCGCGGCAAACACUAUUCGAAUUGGAUAACAAACAGCCCAAAAGAGAUGAAGAUAUCUUUCAUUUUGUGGCCUAUGUUCCAAUUGACGGAAGACUUUAUGAGCUGGAUGGCUUGAAGGAAGGCCCUAUCGAUGUAGGCGUCAUUGGUCCAAACGACGAUUGGUUGGACAUAGUGCGGCCGAUUAUCAAAAAGCGUAUAUACAAGUAUUGUGAAGAUGAGAUUCUCUUCAAUUUGAUGGCAUUUGUUUCCGAUCGCCAGUUGAUUUAUCAACGACAGAUCGACCAAUUACUCAACGCGGGUGUGGAGGACGAAAUGGAGGCAAAUCAGAGUGAGGUGAUGAGACUGCAAAUGCUAAUCGACGAUGAAGAGGCCAAACGCAAGCGAUAUAAGAUUGAAAAUAUUCGCCGGAAGCAUAAUUAUUUGCCGCUGAUUGUGGAACUGUUGAAAAUUUUGGCCCAAAACGGACAGCUGAUGCCGUUGUACGAAAAAGCGAAGCAACGAGCAUCUGAAAGGGAAUCAUCUUCCAAACCAGCGGGCCCGAAAUAGAACUCCGAUUCAUUUAUUUUUCUAUGCUUUUUUAAACGAGAAUGGAACUGCGUCCAAUCUUGGAACAAUUACUGAUUGUUAAACAAGUGCUAUGUUAUAAGAAAAAUAAAUAUCUCAAAUUUGAAUGAAA